GGGGAGAGAUAAUAACAUUGCAUUGAAUUAAAAAAAUAAAAAAACUAAUCGUGUUGUUGAAGGAAAAAAAAAAUAUAAUAGAAGGAAAAUUUUUCAGUGUUCGGAGGUCAGUUACAUAUUACUCGUGGAAACCGGUAAAUAUGUAUGUUAAAUUUACUUGUCAGGAUUUAAUCCUGAUGAUGACUUUUUGGUUCAAGUAAAAAUGCCAAAUAUUUACAUCAACAAUAUGAUUGUUGCUAGUAGUGGAUAAAUUAUUGAUAAUUAUUUUAAUUAAUUAAACAAGUGAUAGAAUGGCUGAAGGAGGCUGUAAUAAUGAAGCCAAGACAAAUGGUGAUAAUCCAUUAUCAAAAAAUUCACUAGAGAUGAAUGAAUGUCUUGGCAAUUGGUUGACGUAUUUACAAAUGCUCAAUGGAUUGUGUUCAGCUGGUACAAAACUUGCCCAAUCAUUAAAAAUAUUAUUAUCAAAUCAUGAAGCAAUACUUGAUUGUCGAUUAACUGGACAAUGUUUAUUAGGAUGGGAAGAAUUAACACGUGCAACUAGCAUUGCAAGUAAUACUGUUAAACAUCAUGUUGUAACAGCAUUACGUGAUCAUGAAACACGUGAUAAUGAUAGUGAAAAACACGAUAUACUUCGUGACAAUUUAUUGACCUUCAUAAAUUUACAGUAUCAAUUUUGUGUGGCUUGCUGUCAAUGUUUAGGUGGAAUGGCUGAAUGUUCAUGUGGUAAAACUGAGUGUGAUAUUGCAGCAUUACAACAAUGUUUUGAACGUUUAUAUUGUAGUACAACACCAGGUGCUGUAUCAUCAUCAUCAAUACAUCAACAACAAAGUUGUCAUCGUUCACCAUUACAAUAUCCAUUAUUUCCACUUCAAGUACAAAGAAGAUGGUCAGAAACAGCUGCUGCUGAAAUUGCUGCUGAAAUAAAUGAAAAUACAAUGAGAAGAUGGUCAAUGCCAUGGGAUUGUCGUCAUGUUACUGAAUGGCCAAGACAACAACAAGAUGAAAAAACAAAAUUAAAAGUACCAUAUAAUGAUAGAAGUAGAUCAACAACACCUGAUUCUGUAUGGAAAUCAACUGGUAUGGCUAGUCAAGAUGGUCUUGAAGAAGCUAUCCAGCUAUUAUCUUGUCGUCCUGGAAUAAGACCGUCACAUCAAAAUUCUAGUUUUAUGAAUCAAUAUGUACCAGGUGUUACAUUAACAACAUGUAAUUUAGAAUCAAAUUAUGAUGGUACUAUUUGGCUUAAUUCAAGUAAAAUUGGAUUUGGCUCAAGUGAUCAUUCAGAUCAGUCUGGUUAUCGUGACAGUGAUCACAGUGGACAAAGUGAACACAGUGGAGGUAGUGGAAAUGGUCAUCGUGAUAGUAAAGAUAGUAUUCAUUCACACAGUGAUCAUGGAAGUCAUCGUGAAAUUGAAACAACUGGUGCCAAUGAUGUUCCAUCACGUAAAAGUAGUUCAUCAAAUGAAUCAUGUUUAUCUGGUAAUAGUAGAUCUGGUUCUGAUAGUGCUGGACCUGGUGAUACAUCAAGAUCACAGCUAUACUCAAUGUGGAGUGGUGGUGAUUUGCCAUUUAUUAAAUUACCAGAAAGCCAUGAAAAUCAAGAUGAUCGACCACCAACUAAUUAAUGAAUAAUUAAAUAAUAAUUAUUUACAAAAAAUUUUUUUGGAUUAUAAAAUAAUUUUUAAAUAUAAUUAGUCAAUUUGACUCUAAAAUUAUCUUGUGUAUUACGCACACUAAAAUCCACCAAGAUCUAGUCGUUCAAAAAAAAAAUAUAUAUAUGUUGUUUAUUAGAUACAAUUGAAUUUUCUUAAAAUAUUUUUUAUCAAAAUUUUUCUAGAAAAAUUAUUUGUUAAUAUUUAAUAUUUUUAAAAAGUUCAUCAAUGUUGUUUUUUAAAAUAAAUACAGUUCUUUUUUUUUUUUUUUUUUAGAAUAACUGCAAUUGAUUUGAGGUUUUUUUUUUUUGAAACAACGAAGUUGAAUUAAAAUAAUAAUAAGAUUAAGUAGAAUUUUUGAAUCUGAUUGUUUGAGUGGAUAAAAGAGGACCAAAAAAAUACUCAAGGAUCGACGGUCUACCAACAAAACCCAAUUAGAUAAUUUAAUAAUUAUUACAUGUUUGAAAAUUAUGAAAGAAUGAUUAUUAAAUCAUGAUGUUUGAUGUCAUGUAUGUCGAUUAUAUGUGUUAAUUUUUGUUUGACUGUGCAAUGAGUUUUUAAUUUUUUUUUGUCUUUAUGUCAACAAAAUUGUCUUUGUUGAUGGAAAUUUCAUUUAAUAAAUAAAAGAAAAAAAAUUAUUCAUCAUGAAUUUAUCAAUCUAUCAUGAUAAUAAUAUAUUAUAAAAAUAAUUUAUAUUGUUGAUAUUUAUUUAUUGUUAUUAGAUUUUUUUUCCAGCAAAAUUUAAAAAAAAAAAAACAAGCAAUUACUGGCUUUAGGGUAAUUAAUUUAUUUUUCAAAAAAAAAAAAUAUUUUCCUGGAUU